AUGAAUAUUUACAAUUAUCUCUUUAAGUUCAUUAUUGUUGGAGACACUAGUAAUCUAUUAAUUUAUAAUAAGAUGUUGGUAAAAGCUGUUUACUAUUAUAAUUCACUGAUUCUAGAUUUAGAAAUGAACAUGAUGCAACUAUUGGUGUAGAAUUUGGAUCAAGAAAUCUCAAAAUAAAUGAAAAGUAAAUCAAAUUAUAAAUUUGGGACACUGUAUUAUAUCAUAAUUAAUCAAUAGGCUGGAUAAGAAUCAUUUAAAUCUAUUACGCGUUCUUAUUAUAGAGGGUAUAAAUUAUCUUAAUAUUAUAGAUCUAUUGGUGGAAUUCUUGUCUUUGAUGUUACUAAUAGACAGUCCUUUGAGGAUGUGUAAAAAUGGCACAAUGAAAUUCAGGGAUACGCUUGUGAUAAAAUUGAAAUGGUUAUUGUGGGAAAUAAAAUUGAUUUAGAAGAAAGGUAAUACAUUUUAUAAUUUAUAUUCUAGAAGAGAAGUAAAAACUGAAGAAGCAAAGAAAUUUGCUUAGAAAUUUGGGUUUGAUUACUUUGAAACUUCAGCAAAAACAGGAGAAAAUGUUGAUGCUGUAUUUGAGUCUAUGGCAAAUAAAGUCUUAGCAAAAAUUGGAAGUGGAGAGAUUGAUCCAACAUAAGAAGUAAUAUAUAUUAUUAAAUUAUAAAGAUUUAUGGAAUCAAAAUAGGAUCUAUUGGAAUAUAAAGUAAACCUGCAAAUCCUCCUACAAAUAAUUAACCUUCAAAACCAUAAACAAUAACAACAACUGGUUAAAAUCAAAAUUAGAAGUCUGAAUCCUGCUGCUGAA